ACUAUCUAUCGGACGAGCUGCACCGAGCUUCUCAUAACUGUUGUUGAGUGUAUUUAUGUCAGCUGGCCUGGCUGAUUUUGCCCGGUCACUGUUGUUAAUAUCAUGUUAUAUUAGCAUGUCUUGGUAGCUAGCUAACCUGAAGCUACAGCUGCUAACGACAGUGUAUGUUACAAUGGACCUGCCACACCAUGGGUAUCGAGCAACUAAGCCAAGGGCUCGUGCCGGCCCCCCAGCAGGAGAUCCCCUUCUGUUUGAUGACACCAGCUCCUCAACACCAGCAAUGAACACUCAGGGGUACUACACUCCUGGGUACAACAUGGGAGCGCCUGCAGGUGGCCCGCAGGGGGGGGCUCAGGUGAACAACCUGUUUGCUGACCCAAUGGCCAAUGCUGCAAUGAUGUAUGGCUCCUCCCUGGCCAACCAGGGAAAGGAUAUGGUGAACAAAGAGAUCAGCAGAUUCAUGUCCGUGAACAAGCUGAAAUACUUCUUUGCUGUUGACACCAAAUAUGUCAUGAAGAAACUCAUGCUGCUCAUGUUCCCCUAUACACACCAGGACUGGGAGGUUCGAUACCACCGGGACACUCCACUGACACCAAGACAGGAUGUGAAUGCACCUGAUCUUUACAUACCAACAAUGGCUUUCAUUACCUACAUUUUACUUGCUGGAAUGGCCCUUGGCAUUCAAAAAAGGUUCAGUCCAGAAGUGCUUGGAUUGUGUGCCAGCACUGCCCUCGUGUGGGUGAUCAUCGAGGUCCUGGUGAUGUUGCUGAGUUUGUACCUGCUUACAGUUCACACCGAUCUCUCAACCUUUGAUCUCAUCGCCUACAGUGGAUACAAAUAUGUUGGGAUGAUCUUCACAGUGCUGUGUGGCUUACUUUUUGGCAGUGAUGGUUAUUUCGUGGCUCUUGCCUGGUCCUCUUGUGCUCUUAUGUUCUUUAUCGUUCGAUCCCUGAAAAUGAAGAUACUUUCAUCUCUCUCCUCUGACUCCAUGGGGGCUGGAGCAAGUGCCAAACCUCGUCUUCGCCUUUAUAUCACCGUGGCCACCGCUGCCUUCCAGCCGAUCAUCAUAUACUGGUUAACCUCUCACUUGGUCAGGUGACCGUGAAGUGUGUAUUACCCUGAUGUCCAUGCGUACUGGACCCCCCAAAAAAAACCCAUGUUGAUGCCCACCUGCAGAUGUGCUUGUUGAGUGUCACUGUUUGUACACCUGCCUUUACGCUCUUUUGUCAGAAGUCAAAACUUAUAUAGCCUGUAUUGAGCUGCAGCGUGUGUAAAACCUGUUGGAUGGUCAUGUUCAUGGUAUCCUUGAUUUACCAGCACACUGAAUGGAUGUGCAUAAUAUUGUGCAAUGUGUCAUUGGAAGGCUUUUGUUUUCCACCAUGGGUGUAAUGAUGACAAAUGCUUAUUUUUUUUGGCCACCUAACUUUGAGGUCAAGGGCUUUCAUUGUAUGAUUUGUUUGAUUUUAGUUCUAAAUGGUACACAGAAUCAUUUCAAGUUUCCUUUUGUAAUAUCCUUAAUAUCCCUGGACAUGUUUUUUAGUCCCUGGCCCUACACACACACACACACACACACACACAGACUCACAAAUGCACAUUACACACAAAACCAUUUUUCUGUGGUAAUGUUGCUACAAUAUCUCCUUUCUUGUGAAUCUUUGACUUUAUUUAUCUAAAUUUGACAGCAUGACAGUGUUUGGAUUUUUUGUAGAAAAAAAUAAAUAUAUUUAGCUUUGUGUACUGAA